AUGUCGCAUACUACUGUAAGUAUCAACUAAGUUGACUGGUUGUUCGUUCCCACGGAGGAAAGGAAACCCCACUGCCAGGCAGGCGCGACAAUGAGACUCAUUUUGAAUCCCUGUAACCUCUAACUCGAUGCAGCGUACAGCCCCCAAGACGACUGUGCCGGCUUACGAGAGGGAGAGUUCAAGAGGAGGUGGGAGAGUAUAACUUAUACUCUGCCCAAACGAUCCGCUAUUACCCUCCAUCAACACAUUGCUCUUCUUCCUCCUUACCUUUCUCUCUCAAAUCACAUACAUCAAUCAUGUCUUGGUCCCAGGUUUCCGAGCGCCGGUGGGAGCGUCCCGCCAACGGCAUGGAGGGCUUCUUCGCGGUCAUGGAGAACACGUCCAGUGCGCUCUGCGAGGGCCGGCGGCAGUUCAUUAUCAUCUCGCGCCUGAAAGUCGACCUGCAACUGCCCGCAGCCGAGGUGGAGGAGGCUUUACGGUAUGCCUGGAAGCAACUGCGCUACGAGCAACCCCAAAUCGCCGUGGCCACCGAGGGCGACCACAAAGUGUACGAAGUGCCCGACGAGGCCGCCCUACAAUCCUGGCUGGAGAGGACCUUCAUCGUCUCCGAUGCGCUGGACAGCGAGGCGAUUGGCAAGGAGGCCCCGCCGAUUGCGCAGCCCACCCUCUACUACCUCCCCCAGGCCUCGCCCGCACAGCUCGUGCUGCGGGCCUCGCAUUCCGUCAUCGACGGGGUCGGCACCUUGUGGCUGUGGCACACCUACCUCACCGCGCUGACCCACCCCAACCCAACCCUGGUCUUCGGGGACGAAGCACAGCGUCUGCCGCCAUCGCUGGAGAAAGCCCUGGGUCACCCGGACGUCCUCGCCGCAGAUACCAUCGCCAAGGGGGUGCAGAUCGUCGGCGAGGCCGUCAGCCAGAUGCCGGGGAUCGGGCCCGUCAACAAAAUCGGCACCGUGCCCGCAGGGCCCACGCAGCGGCGCGAGCUGGAACUCCCGCCCCAGACCACCGAGGCGAUCGUGCAGGCCUGCCGGCGCAAUGGCUACAGCGUCACGGCCGCGGUGCACGCCGCGUUCGCGCUCACCGUCGUCAAGCACGCCGACCCGGCACAGCCGGCCGCCAAGUACGUGACGGUCAACAACUUCAACCUGCGCGACCACCUCCCCGCCCCCUACAACUCCAGCCGCUACGCCGCCGCCGUCUACUACAGCAUCUGGCCGCUGAUCCUCGACCCCCCGACCUCCUUCACGGAGGCGGUGCGCGCCAUCGACGCCCAGUACAAGGGGGUCUUCAAGGACUCCCCGGAGAAUGUCGCGCUGUGUGGCGCUGUUACGAGUGGGCUGCGGGAGAUCGUCAAGAGCCCGGAGUUCUGGGCCGCGCCGCCCGCCCGCGACGCGCUGGUCAGUAGUCUGGGGGUGAUUGAGCGCUAUCUCGAGCAGUCGUAUGCGUCGGACGCCGGGGACAGGCAGCGCGGGGUGGUGGUGGAGGACUUCAAACUGGGGACCGAGAUCGUGCUGGGCCAUAGCAUGUUCUUCCUGUAUACCUUCCGCAAUCGGUUGCGCGUGGUGUUCAGCUUCAAUGAGGCGUAUGAGGCGGAGGAAUCGGUGCAGAGUUACUUGGAGGAUGUGCAGAAGAUCUUGCUGGAGGAGCUUGUGGCGUGAUUGCUUGGUCUGCUACUGUACACGUCGUAGCUUACAAUAGUAGUUUAGUGACGACCAGCGAGGAGAAGAAAAAAAAUAAUGAAAUGAACCAAUACAACAGCCCCAGCACUAUACUUGUCUUAAUCUACUACAACUGUGUAAACAUUGAGUCACAAGAAAUGCACGUACUGUGUCC